AGCAGAUGGGCCGAAACGCGGGCUCCGGGGCGGCUGUCCGGGCUUAACCCGUCCGGUGCGAACCCAGCAGCUUCCUUCGGGCUACGAGCUAAUUAACCUCCCAUUGCUGAGUUGGCCAACCCAACGGAGCCCCCAUUCUUGCCAAGCCCAGGAUGGAUUCGCCGCCUCCGGUUGUGGGCCCAGCGCCUCUGCCUUCCUCCCUUGAGGCCGAUCUUCCACGCCCAUUGAAGAAGUUUUAUCGGGGUGAACCUCUGGCCCUGGGGAUCACACAGAUAUUUACAGGAAUCACAGGAAUAGUUUUUGGGCUCCUGAUCCACUUAAUUGACGACUUUUGGCUUCCCUACAACAUUAUCCGGAUAGCCUAUUGGAGCGGAAUCCUGUACAUCAUCUCUGGAUCCUUAGCUGUGGCGGCUGCUCGGAAUCCCAAGAUGUCUCUGGUGCAAGGCAUGCUGGCAAUGAAUGUGAUAAGUGCCGUAACAGCUGGUAUUGGCAUCAUCUGCCUGCCUCUCUCCUUCGAGUUCUUUCGGUACUAUCGUAGUUCUUAUGCAUGCGCUGAACUUCAUAACGAAACUCAGAAAAAGUGGUGUUAUGAAACCCAGGCACACCCUUUUGUAAGUAUGGGACCUUCUAGAAUUCAUCUGUAAGAAGUUGGUUCAACAGGGCAGAGAAGGAGAAGGGAACGCAUGGUGACCUCUUGCUGGAGAUGUACCUCUUUGGAGGUCGUGGUGUCAAGAACGUGUCCCAAACAGAGUUUUAGCCAUGGAAAGGAGGGGCAUGAAUGUUGCCUUGGGAUUUCUAGAGUUUGGCAUCUUCUCUUUUGCUUUCUCCCAAACUUUGCAAAGCAGCUGCAACCAGGGGUGUCCUCAGGGCAUGGCCAGGACUUCAAGGUGGCAGCUGUAACAGUGCAGUCAAAGCUUUGCCAGACUUUUAUGUGUGGCUUAGGAAAAAAAUUAAAAAAAAAAACCGGCUGGAGCUUGGAUUGAGCAGCUGUGGGUGGCCUUUGACUUUUUUGACCAAAUCUUAACUUAUUUUUUUGGGGGGGGGAACAAAAUUGUGAGUUGCGGCGUCUGCUGUGUGGACUGUGACCAAACUAGAUGGUUUCACCAGGUCCCACCCUGCCUAUGUGGUACCUAUGCUACCUAGGAGACAUUUGUCAGCCCCACAAGGUAGACCAGACCAGGAAAUCAACUCUGCAGGAAGGCUACAACUACUUUAAUUGUAACUGGCUGUAAUAACAGAAUCUGCCAAGUCUGAUUGGGCUGUACCUCCUCCCCCCCCUUAUACUCCAGUGAGUUAGGGAGGUGUCUCCCUGAGCCACUCCCAGAAGUUACCUCAUUGCUCUGAACUUAACAAAUGCUUCAUCCCCCCCUUUGCCUAGCCAUCGGAUCCUGCAUCUCUGCAUCGGGGUCAUCUUCCUUACUCUACAGUUGGAGGUAAAUGUGCCUAUAUGUAUGUAUAAAAACGGGUACGUUACUUUUCUGCUUCAUUGACAGGAUACCAUGAGGGGAGUAUUAGCUUUUCUUACUGCCUUCACCAUCCUGGAGUUUUGCAUCGCCAUCUCUGUUGCGUCCUUUGGCUGUAAGGUGCUUUGCCGAAAUCCCUCUGAUCAAACGGUUGUGGUCAUUUAUCAGAAUGUGACUCCGGCCAAUGCCGAACACCCACCAGUCGACUGCAAAGAGCCGGAGUUCCCCUGAAUUGCUUUCCCUCCCUGGCAGCCAUUCCGGAGCACGCUUACUUCUGCCGAUGGAAACCUUAAGCCUUUUAAAGGAAUUGCACGUAACGUUUUAAUGAGCAGGAUGCAGCAGAUAUGAUUGGACUAAGCAAAGCGCCCUGCGUAAAAGGUCUUGAGAAUGUGAAUGUUCUUUGUUGCUGGCUAAAGUGUCUCUUUGUGAGCUGGUUGGCACGUGGCACCGAGUUACGUUUUGCUGUUGGAAGGGCACGGUUGGCAGGGUUUACACAACAUGCUAUGGAUAAAGUAGAGUCUCAACAUCACAGUGGCUGUGUCACAGAGCCAGCCAAGUCAAAAGCCCACCUCAUCAGGGCUUAGCAAAAUGUGUGCGCGCUCACCAAGAAGCUUACCAGGUCAGUUUCAAACCCAGCUGCAUUCCUACCACAAACUAUGCUUGGUUCGUUUUGACCUGGGUUAGUUUGUCAUUAGUGUAUUUAGUUUAUGGUUCCAGACAUUCUGCACACCUACUUAUAGUCUUGAAUUUAGUAUGACUCCAGGUCUGUGCAGUUUUCUUGACAAACAUACAGAAAUAAUUUGCCAGCACUCUCUCCCUUUAAAAAAAAAAAGAACAAAACUAUUUCUCAGCAUAGCCUAGAGCAGUGAGAAGCAUUUAAGCAUGUUGUGUGAAACCAUCCAAUGUUUGCAACACAUUCCAGAAGUUGGUCUGUGGGAUAUAACAGCGUCCAUGGGAACUGUUCCGAUUAAAGGCCGGGCAACCACGUAUUCCCAGGAUAAUAAAGAGCCGAAUUUAUUGGAAGAGAAAACGUUCCCUGCCACUUGACUUGUCCUCCAGCUGCCUCCUGCCCCUCCAGCUUAUCUCACUGGUGAUUUGAGGCAUGGCUGCACCUCCAGACCUUCUAAGAAACUGCUGUGCUUGUCGCUUGCCACUUUUUUUUCUCCGAGUUCCAUGGAAAUAAAGGUGAUUGUAGGGGU